UGCCAACUUGCGCCCCUUCUGCCAGUGCCGCCAGGGCUGUCGAGGAGGAAGGGUGCAGUGUCGCCGGUCGGUCCGCGCGCAAGGCUUCACAUUCACAAGUAGCGUGUACCCAAGAGUGACAAGACCAGUACGGAAUGCGUCAAGGCGUUACUCCGCGUCACCAGUGUUACCAGUCCUCGCGGCCCUCCUGUCCUUCCUCCACCACGGCGUUCCCUUCGUGUGGUGAGGGCGGGAACAGCUGUGUGGUGCCUGCUGCUGGUGACUCCCCUCUUGGCCGUGGCUCCCCCCUCAUCACCAGCACAGAGGCGUGACACACCCACCACCCAUAGCCUCUGAAAUGGGUGUAUGACUCAGUUAGCCUCAGGAAGUGCGUGCGGGCGCGUUCGUGUGUGUGUUCGUGUUGGUGUGCGCGCGUGUAUUGGUGUUUGAGUGCACAUGUCCUCACCAGCAAGGCCUAUAGAGUGUUUACCAGAUACAUCACCACCGCCAGUCAGUCAGUCACAGUCACUUCCUGCCCUUGUGACACUUUCUUCCAUCCAAUCAGUCAGUCACAGUCACUUCUUACCCUUGACUGACUUUCUUCCAUCCAAUCAGUCAUUCACAGUCACUUCUUGCCCUUGUGACAGACUUUCUUCCUUCCAAUCAGUCACUUCUUGCCCUUGUGACAGACUUUCUUCCAUCCAAUCAGUCAGUCAGUCACUUUUGCCCUUGUGACAGACUUUCUUCCGUCCAAUCAGUCACUCACAGUCACCUCCUGCCCUUGUGACUGACUUUCUUCCAUCCAAUCAGUCAGUCACCUUUUACCCUCGUGACUGACUUUCCUUCAUCCAGUCACACUCCCCCCACCUCCUGCCCUUGUUACUGAAUUUACCCCACCAGUCAAUCAGUCAUCCAGUCAGACCCAACUCCCCUCCUGCCCUAGUGACUGAAUUAACCGUCGCCAGUCACUCAGUUACGUCCCUUGCCUCUUGUUUCCUCCCUCAUUCACUACCUCGUUCCCUGGCUGUGUAUCUGUCUGGUGGUGUUGUGAUAGUGUUCCCCCGCUGUGGUGGUAUGGUGCCUUAAAUUCAUCACCCGUCAGUCAUCGUCAACACCGCGACCAUGGAAGUGUGUGUAAUGCUGCGUGAUGGUGGGCCGGGCACUAAGUAGCCUUGGGUGUGGCCGGCACCACGUGGAGGCGGCCCCCCAUCUCCACCACCACCGCCGCCAUGGAGGCCCCCGCCCCUGCAGCUGUUGCCCCUCACCCGCGCGCCAGGAAAAUGUUUUCCGCGAUGUCCACUGCUUCGCCGCCCCUCUCCUCCGCCCCACCGCUGCCUCCUCCUGAACAGUUCGCAACAGUUCAUGGUGGUAGUGCCAGUGCGCGCCGCCCCCCGCCCCCCCACUCCGCCGCCACCAGGAAGCAUCGCGCCAACCAUCAGCGCAACCUUUCCCUCGACUUUAGGUCUAUGGGAAUAGUGUUGCCGCCGCUGCCAGUCCUGACCCACAGUGGCUCACACCAAAGGAACCGCAGCCUGGACUCUGUGCUGCAGAAGAUCCCUGAGGUGGAGGGAGGAGGAGGCGACACUCCACAGCACCCCACCCCCUGCAGCCCCCCCCUCAAGCCCAGCCUCUCCUUCACGUUCUCCGAUUCCCCGAGUCUCCGCCUGAGGAAUGAGUGCCGUGUGGUGCCCUCCGGCCACCCGGUGGUGGUGAGGCGCGACAAGGACCGCUACGACCAGGCCAGCCUCGGCUCGGACGACUCCGGCAUCUGCGGCUCUGAGGGCGACGCCACCCGGGAGUCCAGUGCCGAGCGAGGCCCAGGCACGGAGGGUCUGGAGGCAGGUGGCCCUGGCUCAGACUGUGAGGUGAAGAGUGUGUACUCAGAGACCCUGGACGGAGAAGGAACCAUGGGGGAGCCCGAGGGUGAGGUGCCCCUUGGGGAGGUGGAGGAGGUGGAGAGUGACGCAGCAGACUGUACCUUGGUGGAGGAGGAGAGUGCGGCGUUCACCUCAAAGCUUACUGAUGAUUUCUCGGAUUUAUCAAGCCUGCCGGGCCUCACGCCCACCAAGGACCCCAGUGAGGACCCCCAGGAGGCUAGUGAUACCACUCCCACCCCCACGUUGACCAGGGGGGAGGCGGGAAAGCCCAGUACUAGGGGAAAAAAGCUGACUUGUGAUGUGAAGAAAGCUCAGUGUAGUGACGUGAGUGUGUUGGCGAUGACCCCGAGGAGCGCGGUAGCUCAGAGUGUGUGUGGGGGGGCGGGGGGGCCGAAUGGGGCGUCGGCCAAGAGCAAACUGGACGAGAAACAGUCGCUCCUCCUGCGGCUGUUUGAAAGCAAGAUGUUCGAUAUGUCCAUGGCUGUGUCGUACCUGUACCGCUGCAAGGAGCCUGGCGUGCAGCAGUACAUCGGGAACCGGCUCUUCUCCAUGCCCGCCUCGGAUGCCCACUUCUUCCUGCCGCAGCUCGUCAAUAUGUACGUGCAGACCUUCGAGGUGGCCGAGGUGCUGCACCCCUUCCUGGUCCACCUCUGCCGCCAUGACAGCACCUUCGCCCUGCAGUGUGCCUGGCUGUUGGAGGCCUUCGCUACGGACUCAGCGCUCCUGAGGAAAAAGUCACACGGCACCAAGCUCAAGAACCUCAUCCUCUCCGACCAGCUCAGGCCCAAGCAGGAGGGUGUGGAGUGCCUACACGGGGGUGGCAGCAGUGGCAUUGGCAGCCUAAGCGGAGGUGCGAGUGGUGGCAGUGGGGAUCAGAUGGAGGGAGCUGUGGCGCGGACCUCCCUCUGUUCGCGCAUCAAGGAGCACCCCAGCCCAGACUCCAACCCCAGCUCCCCCGUCACCGAGCUCUCCCCGCCCUUCAUGCCCCGAGCCACCCUCCCGGCACAGACCAGGAAGUGCCACCAGCGGUCACGUUCAGAUGCCACGGUGGCCCUCCAAGGUCACCUCCCCACCCCAGCGACUUCCACGAGAGGCCACAAGCGGACGCCCUCCUCAGGAAGCAUAAAGAACUGCCUGGGUGACCUGACCUCUGGCCGUGCCUUCGACAAUGGCUGCUGCUGCUUUGACUCUGAGGAGGCGCGGUGCAACUCUCUGCGGGGCAAGACCGUUGAGUGCCACUGUGGGGCACCCAGACUCUCCCCGGAGCUGGAAUUCGUCCGCACACUCAUCAACAUCGGCAAGCGCCUCGGGGCACAACCCACCAAGGAGGCCAAGACCUCCCGGCUGCUGGCAGAGCUGUCAGUGCUCAACCUGAACCUGCCGGCGAGGGUGUACCUCCCCCUCUGUGCCACGGAGCAGCACCACCAUGUUGUUCGCAUCCCCCCGCAGGCUGCCGUGGUGCUGAACUCCAAGGAUAAGGCGCCGUACAUCAUCUACGUGGAGGUGCUGGAGGUGGAAAACUUGGACACGGCGGCGGUGCAGUCCAAACUGGCCCACAGCCUGCGCCACACUCGCUCCGAGGAGAACCUGAUUAAUAACUCUCCGGCCUCCACCUCCUCCUCCCAGCUGGACCUCACCGCCGCCACGCCCAUCACCACUACCACCACCACCACCAGCAGCGGCCUGGGCUCCACGUCCUCCAUCCCAUCCUCCCUCAGCUCGCCACACCUCACCACCUCAGGCUACAUGGAUGAGAGUGACUGCUGGAGCCACGAAGACGACGAGAUCAGUCAGCAGUACUGCCGCCUCAAGAAGCCCCGUGACAGGGACACAAUAUCUAUGAUGUCCCUCGACUCCUGCGACUCCCGGGAGCUCACCGCGAGAGGGGCCGCUGACAUCCGCCGCCGCCUCUCAGAAACGGUCAACGCUCCCAAGACGGGCUUCAAGAGAGACCCGGAAGACCCCUCAGCGGCUGCCCUCAAGGAGCCCUGGGAGACCAAGGUGGAGCGCAUCCGAGAGACCUCCCCCUACGGGCACCUGGUCUCGUGGCGGCUGCUGUCCGUCAUCGUCAAGUGCGGGGAUGACCUGCGGCAGGAGCUCUUGGCCUACCAGCUGCUGUGCAUGUUCCAGAAGAUUUGGACGGAGGAGAAAAUGUCACUGUGGCUCAGACCUUACAAAAUCCUGGUUUUGUCCGAUGACUCUGGGAUGAUUGAGCCCAUCCUGAACACUUGCUCGCUUCACCAAAUCAAGAAAAACAGCAAGAUGUCGCUGCUGGAGUACUUCACCAAGGAGUUCGGGGAGAAGAACUCCGAGGAAUUCCUGACGGCACAGAGGAAGUUUGUGGAGUCAUGUGCGGCCUACUGCCUGGUCUGUUAUAUCAUCCAGGUGAAGGACAGACACAACGGCAACAUUCUCCUGGACAACGAGGGACACAUCAUACACAUCGACUUUGGCUUCAUGUUGUCCUCGUCACCGCGAAACCUUGGCUUCGAGGCGUCGCCCUUCAAGCUGACGCCGGAGCUGGUGGAGGUGAUGGGCGGCGAGACGUCUGACAUGUUCGCCUACUUCAAGAUCCUCCUGCUGCAGGGGAUGUUGGCAGCCCGCAAGCACCAUGAGAAGAUCAUCUCCCUGGUGGAGGUCAUGAGCUCAGGGUCCAAGCUGGCGUGCUUCCGUGCGGGCGCCUCGGUGGUGCCGGCGCUAAAGAGUCGCUUCCACAUCAGCAUGACCGAGGAGCAGCUUCAGGCACACCUCGACUCCCUCGUCUACAACGCAAUCAACUCCAUCACCACCAAGCUGUACGACGGCUUCCAGUACUUGACCAACGGCAUCCUCUAGCCCCCUGACGCUGCAUAAAGGGAACAGCGGAAAACCAGCGACGUACCCUCCAGCGCUGUGUGGGAUGAGCGUGCAGCACAGUGGUAUUGCUUCACGGAGAUGCUGCACGAGGAACAUAAAGUAUAAUGAUGUUUCUCAGCCAUGCAGUGCUGUGGGACGGACUCGUACAGCGUAACGAUAUUCCUUACUCCCCUCCUGCUGCUGUGUGGAGUGAAAACGCAGCACAGUGAGGACGAUAAACAAUGUGGGGAUGCGUUACGGAAUGGUCAAACACACUGGCAUCCCUUACCCUGUGGUGCUGUGUAGAAUACGCGCCAAAACGAAGGCCUUUUUGUAUAAGGAAAAGGCUCAGCGAAACAGCAUCCCAUAAGCCCGUAAGUCGUGUAAGGACAUAACAACGAGCGCCAUACAUCAGGGCAUGCGGAGUUCAUUGUGGCGUGUCGCUGUGCCGCCCGGAGACUCCCGCUGAGAUUAUUAUUAUAGGGAAUGUGUACAAACGUGAGGCGACGUAACGAUAUUAGACGCAAGUGUACCAAAGAGAGGGAUGAGGCGUGGAAGAAGGCGAGGAUGAAAAUUAAGGGAGGGAAAGGAGGACGAUCAGUGGAUUCAAAGUUGUAGCUGUUAGUAAUGGGUUCAGUCCUUCUUACUUAACUGAUUGAUUGGGUCUUGAUUUAUAACGGGGAGUGUAGUAAAAUCCAGAAAGAUGGUAAAGCAACAAAUGAGUCUAAGUAAGGAACAGUAAAAUGAUUGAUUGGUUCUUUAUUUGUAAUGGGAAGUAAAGUAAAGUCCAGGAAGAUGGUAAAGCAACAAAUAAAUCCAAGUAAAAACAGUAAAAAAAAAGUAAACCAUUAAAAAGAGCAAAAAAAAAAUUAAAAGUAUAAAGUGUAAUUAACUAAAAGUCAUUACAAAAGGAAAAUAUUAAUACCAUCUUUGUUUAAUUUUUGCAUCUCCCAAGUUUUCCCGAGUACGUUUUUCAUUGCUAGUAUUGAUGGGAAUGAUAGAGUGGAUUGGCAAAGAAACAUACCCUAAGUUCUAUAUAUUCUUGCCCCGUAUUUGUUUUGGUUUAAGAAGGACUGUGCCUCAAGCGUAACGGCUAUAACUUCGAGUCCACCUUUUCCCUCCCAUUACCAUAUUCUUUCUUAUUUGGUGUUUUGUGUUUCGUAACAUUUCCUCCAUUGCUCAUGUAUGCAAUCUUGUUCUUGUUGUUCUCUCCUCUCCUGCUUUGUUUUUGAAAAUUUGCAAACAACAUCAAAUCUCGGAAUACUUUUUGGUCACUUGGCGAGUCCUUGAGAAGCUCUGUUACUCAGUUUCUUAUGCUCUGGGGGAGACAACCUCAGGCUCUUUGGGAAAAUGUGUGAGUGUGUGUGUUUGUGUGUGUAGGUGUGCCACUAACUGCACUUUUCCAUCAAGUUCAGUAGUGAGAAUCUUGCCACUUCAGGCUCAUCCAUCUAGCAAUUCCACCUCCUCCUUUAUAGAAAUUCAUGUUGCUAUUUCUGAGUUUGGAGUUUCUAAGUUCUGAAACAAGCCACUCUGGGUGAGCCUUGGCAAUAGAAAGACAGUUAUUCCAUCCAUUAAUCCCAGCUCUUCCCUCUCUGUAAUACAGCUUUUGUUCAUAUUUUUCUGAGUUUCUAUGUUCCUGGUGUAUUCUUCAUUGUUCAUUUGUUUGGAAUUUCACGUUAAAUGUUUCUUCUUUGUCUUUCCAUCCUUGAUAAGUUUCCCUCAAACCUUAAUUUAUGCAGCAUUCCUUUUCAUUCCAAUUAUCCAUGCAGCCUCUUGUCUAUCUCAAACUGAGGUGAAUUUGAUCAGGUAUUUUUGCUGCUUCCCAUACACAGACACACACACACCAUCCCAAUUAGUACUCGUCAGAACAAGAGCCUUUUUUUGUCCUAUGAGUACUAAGUGGGAUGGUGCAUACAAUUUGGCAAAGGUAUUCUGUCUGCCGUCAAUGUGAGUAGCUAUCAGUGAGGUUCCUUCUGAGGCUUAAAGUCCCUGAAGGUAGCUGGUGUUGAUGGGUCCCCUCAGUGGCUGGCACCAUUGACCUCUCUUAAGUGGUUAGUGUUGGUAGCUGUGGCAGGCUCCUCUGGGGCUGCCGAGUUACCAAAGAGCAGAGGCAUGUUCUCCCCCCGCCGCUCUCCCUCUGCAAGUGUUGUGUCUCGUGUCGCGUACUCAGCAUCUCAAGCAUGUUAGUUUGCGUACAUGUAUCGUUUUAUAGGCAUGGAAUAUUUUAACCGUAUAUUGAUUUUUUUUUUUUUUUUUUUUUUUUUUUUUUUUUUUUUUAAGCCGUUUGGAUUUCCGUAUGAGGAGCAUCCAGUUAAGCCGCGCCUUUGUAUAUUGUGGGUAUUUCCUCAAGUUGUAUAUGAGAGACGAAUAUCAUUUCCAUUAUAAAGUGUAUAUUUUCACAAGAAUAUUCAAUCAUCACCCUCAACGCUCCUGAAGGUACUCAUUACUCAUGGUAAGUUAUGCAGCUCAAAGUAUUUAUCAUUGCUUUACUCCAUAGUUGUCACAUACUUAACAUCGCCACCCACGGAACAAACUACUAUUAACGGUUUCUUGGUUACCUUUGCUUUGCGUUUUCAUCCUUUACCAAGUGCAUUCCUGAUUGGUCUGGAGCAUCGAGGUUCAGUAUUAGUAGAGGCUCUGCUUAGCUGUCCAGGAGUGACUGUAUUUUUGUAUCACGCAGAAUCAUAACUGGAUAAGGAAACUCAGCCGAAACUUUUUUAUCAUCCCUAGAAGUAAUAGAAAGUAGCUUUAACAACUUGUGAGAACCAGCGGAUGGUUCAGGGACGGGAGUCCUGAUCAGUGCCAAGCAAGUGAGGCUGGUGGCACCUGGUGUGUGUGUGUGUGUGUGUGUGUGUGUGUGAGAGAGAGUGUGAUUGUGCGUGAGUGUGUGGGUGCAUGUGUGUGUGUCUGAGUGUGUGUGUGUGUGUUUGUGGUGGUGGUGGUGGUGGCGGUGCACAGUCCCAGCUGGCACGAGUAGCCCGGGAAGGCGCUGGUGUCAGGCGGUGCGGCUCAGGAGGGUGUCGCCAGGCUGGUGCAGUGCCGGUGGUGCCUGGGUCACACGGUGCGGUGCCAGCAGUGUCCGGCCAACAGGCACUGCCGUCGGCACACACUGGCACACUUUCCUCAAUCCCAGUUAGAGAAAAUUUUAAAUAUUUUUGUGUGAAUAUAUAUACCUAUGAAUUUUUGUACAGUGAACCGGAUUUAUUCUAUAUAUUCAUUGUUAAGGAUGAGAUGAUUAUGUAGAUGGGAUUACUGGGGACUGUGAGCCUCCCCCCCGCCCCCCACAGCUGAGUCAUCAUGCAACACGUCGUCCAUUACUCCUAAAGCCUAGCUAGACCACUUUUGUAAUACCUGAUGACCCUGUAUAUGCCAUUAUAUUACCAAUGCAAGGCUUUUUAUCCCCAACAUUUUGCUUGUAUUUGUAUCACUGUAAGUACUGUAAAUAGGGAACAUUACUGGUCCAGGAAUGGUACGCAGCAGUUGCCACGAGGGAUUGGGUCCUGUCAUCUUGCUUCUGACAGCUUGUCUUGCACACUGACAAACAUGCUACUUAAAAAUUGCCGUUCAAGACGCAAUACUGUGGCAACUCCUGCCUCGGCCUUGUUGUCAACACAUUUUGUUCUCGUAAUAAAUAAAGUUAAAAAUGUCUUA